ACCACCAUGUAGAAAAAAGAAGAAACAUCUAUGACUGGACAAAAAUCAGUAUUGUCCAUAGAAUACUAGUUAUGUUAUAAUUUUGUGAAUCUAAUGAAGUUGGGUUGUCAACGAAGUUUCUCUUUCUCUCCUCUCUGAUCAAAUAUACAAGGCCAGCAGAAUGUUGAUGCCUAAAAAAGAUAAGAGGGCUAUUUACGAAUACCUCUUUAAAGAAGGUGUUAUGGUGGCAAAAAAAGACUUUCAAGCACCUAAACAUCCAGAGUUGGAAAAUAUCCCAAAUUUGCAUGUGAUAAAAGCUUUACAAUCACUUAAAUCCAAAGGAUAUGUCAAAGAACAAUUCGCAUGGCGUCAUCACUAUUGGGUGCUAACCAAUCCAGGCAUAGAUUAUUUAAGGACCUUCUUGAAUUUGCCUCCUGAAAUUGUCCCUUAUACCCUCAAAAGACAAACAAGGACGGAAACUGCAAGAGCUAGGCCUAAUCCUAUGAGGUCUGAGGGUUCCAAGCCUGAUGAUAGAAUGGGUUAUAGGAGAAUGGAAAGACCAGGAGAUUCUGACAAGAAAGCUGAAGUUGGAGCUGGUUCUUCUGCUAUAGAAUUUAGACAAGGAUUUGGUAGAGGUAGCAGACAAUAAGUUAUGUAAUAUAACAAAAAUAAAUAAUUAAGAAAAGUU